AUGAUAAAAGUAAAUAUCGAUUGUAAGAUCAAUGAUUUUGGCAAUGAAAAAUGCACACUGGAUGCACUAAUGUUUGCUGCUAAACAUGGGCAUGAUGUAACAUUAAAGCAGAUUAUUGAUUGUAGAGUUAAUUUAAAUGCUGAGGAUGUUGGAAAUAAUGCAUUAAUGUUAGCCUCUGAAAGUGGGCAUGAAAAUGUUGUAGAAUUGCUACUAAAUAGCGGCUGUAAUGUAAAUGCUGUCAACAACGACGGAUGUAAUCCAUUAAUCUUGGCAGCCACUAAUGGACAUGACAAAGUUGUACUGCUGUUAAUAAAUAGAGGCUGUGAUGUAAAUGCUGUCAACAAUGACGGUUGUAAUGCAUUAAUUUUAGCCUCUCAAAACGGGCAUGACAACAUUGCAGAGUUGUUAAUUGCAAGUGGAUGUGACAUAAACGUCGAAAACAAAAAAGGACGAAAUUCAUUAAUGGUUGCGUCGUACUUCGGGCAUAAAGAUACAAUAAAAUUGAUGAUUAAAAUGGGAUUCGAUGUAAAUUAUGUUAAUAAAAAUGGAUGGAAUGCGUUAAUGUUAGCUUCUCAUAAGGGUCACAACGAUGUUGUUAAGCAUUUAAUACACAAUGGAUGUGAUGUGAAUACUUCUAAUAAGAAUGGAAACAAUGCACUAAUGCUGGCCUCAAGAAUAGGACAUGAGGAGACGGUAAAGCUAUUAAUUACAUCGGGUGGUGAUGUUAAUGCUAUUGACAAAAAUAAGAAGACCGCUUUAAUGUUUUCAUCACAGGAAGGGCAUAACGAAGUUGCAAAUCUGUUAAUUAACAGUGGAUGUGAUGUAAAUGCUGUCAACAAUGAUGGAAGUAAUGCAUUAAUUUUUGCAGCUACAAAUGGGCAUGACAAAAUGGUUCAACUGUUAAUUAAUAGUGGAGCUGAUGUAAAUGCUAUCGAUAACAAUAGACGGAAUGCUUUAAUGUUUGCUACUAAAAAUGGACAUGAUAAGGUUGUAGGACUGUUAAUUGAAAGUGGAUGUGACGUACGCGACAAAGAAAAAUAUAAUUUAUUAAUGCGUGCAUCGUACUAUGGUGAUAAAGAUAGGAUAGGUUUGAUUAUUAAGAAAGGAUUUGAUGUAAAUUAUUAUGACGUAACAAAAUGGAAUGCGUUAAUGAUGGCGUCUCAAAAUGGACACAACGAUGCUGUUGAGUAUUUAAUAACAAAGGGUAGUGAUGUAAAUGCUGCUAAUAAAAAUGGAAACAAUGCUCUAAUGCUGGCCUCAGGUAGAGGACAUGAGGAGACGGUAAAGUUACUGCUUACAGCAGGUGGGGAUGUUAAUGCUGUCGACAAAGAUGGAUGGAACGCAUUAAUGUUUGCUGCAACAAAUGGUUAUGACAAUGUUGUACAACAGUUAGUUAAUACAGGAUGUUAUCUAAAUAAUGUUGAAAUACAUGGAGCCAAUGCAUUAAUUCUGGCAUCUAAAAAUGGACAUGAAACUGUUGUACGACUAUUAAUUAAUAAUGGCUGUGAUAUAAAUGCUGCCGACAAUGAUGGAUGGAAUGCAUUAAUCUUUGCUGCUUCCAAUGGGCAUUACAAUGUUGUACAACUGUUAAUUAAUAGUGGAUGCGAUCUUAAUGCUGUCGACAAUAAUGGUUGGAAUGCAUUAAUGUUAGCUUCUAAUAACGGACAUGAAAAAGUUGUAGGAUUCUUAAUUGACAGUAAUUGUGACAAAAAUGUUAUUGAACAUAACGGAUAUAAUUCAUUGAUGAUUGCAUCGUGUUUUGGGCAUAAAGGUACGAUGGAAUUAUUGAUUAAAAAAGGAUUUGAUGUAAAUUAUGUUAAUAUUGAUCGAUGGAAUGCGCUUAUGUUAGCUUCUCAUAAUGGUCACAACGAUGUUGUUGAGCAUUUACUACACAAUGGAUGUGAUGUAAACGCUGCUAAUAAAAAUGGAAACAAUGCGCUACUGCUGGCCUCAGGUAGAGGACAUGAGGAGACGGUAAAGCUAUUAAUUAAAGCAGGUGCUGAUGUUAAUGCUAUUGAUAAAAAUAAGAAAACCGCUUUAAUGUUUUCAGCACAGGAAGGGCAUAACGAAGUGGUACAACUUUUAAUUAACAUCGGAUGCGAUGUAAAUGCUGUCGACAAUAAUGGAAGCAAUGUAUUAAUUUUUGCUGCAUCAAAUGGCCAUGACAAAGUUGUACAAUUAUUAAUUAAUAGCGGCUGUAAUUUAAAUGUUGUCGACAAUGAUGGAAGGAGUGCAUUAAAUCAAUCCUUUCUAAACGACCAUCACCACGUUGUCCAACUGUUACUGAAUAGUGGAUGUGAUGCCAAUGCUGUCUAUGAUUCAAAUUCAUUAAUGUUUGCAUCUGAACAAGGAUAUGAAAACAUUGUAGAGCAGAUAAUAUAUAAGAGGGAAAAUGUAAAUGUUGUUAAUAAAUUUGGACGAAACGCUUUAAUGCUGGCUUCUGCUAGAGGACAAAAAACACUUAUUCAACGUUUGAUUGCAGCUGGAGGUGAUGUAAAUGCUGUUGAUAUUUAUGGCAAAAAUUUAUAUUCAGAUAUUUAUCUUGCACCAUAUGUACCAAAUGAUUGGAAGAAAAGCAAAACAAUAAUUGGAUGUGGUGCCAGUGGAUAUGUUUAUCUAGUAGACAGUAAAAAUCAUGUUGCUGAUAAAAGACUCGCUGUCAAAGAAAUUUAUUUCACUGGCACAAACAUCUCAAAGUAUUUAAAAGAGGUGGAUAUUUUAAUGAAGUUACAUCACAAAAGAAUUACAGAUUUUUACGGCUUUGAGAUUAAAGAAAAGACAAUUUAUUUAUUUUUCGACUAUAUGCCAAAGGGAUCCUUAUCUGGAUACAUAGCUAAAAAUAACCCUCUUGAUAGAAGAAAAACAGUACACUUUACUAAGCAAAUAUUAGAAGGAGUCUCGUAUCUUCACAACUUUCUACCACAGAUUAUACAUAGAGAUAUCAAAGGUGCCAACAUAUUAUUAAAGGAUGAAAAUAAUUUAAAGCUUGCAGACUUUGGUAUUUCUAAAUGUCUUGAAGAAACUUUACCAAAGUCAAGAGUUGGUACACCCCACUUUAUGGCACCGGAAAUCAUUCGUCGUGACAAAGGAACUUCAUACACUAUAAAAGCAGACAUUUGGAGUGUUGGCUGCACAGUUGUUGAAAUGGCUACGGGAAAACCACCCUGUCCAGAGUAUUUAGAUGUGCAAAUUAUAUUUAGAUAUGGCAAAAAAAAAGGACCACUUUAUGAACUUCCAGCAAAUACUUCAAAAUCUUUGAUACAAUUUUUAGAGAAAGCUUUUGACAUGAAACCUAAAAACCGACCAACAGCAGAUGAGGCUCUUGAAAUGUAUUUUUCAAAUGCUAGUGGACGAAUUGCAGAUGAGACUCUGGAAACGCAUUUUUCAAAUGAUAGUACUUGGUAUUAG